GGGGAGAGCGGCCCGCUCCUCCCCCCUCCCCUCCCGCCUCUGCCCCUGCCCCGGGGCGGCGGGUGGCGCUGGCCGCGGCGGCUCGGGGCUCACAGUGUCCUUGUGCGGAAAUGACACACGGUCACGUCACGUCACGCGAGAGCGCAGCGCGCGGACCCUCGCACACAAAGAGCGGGGGGGGAAAGCGCGGGCACCAGCGGCGGCCGCUCCAGCCGCCCCCGCCGUCCCGGGGCUCCCGUGCCCCCGCGCGGAGCCGAGGUGAGUGCUGGCAUCACACGGGCUCCGUUGCGUGACACCUAGCAGCGGCUCAGCACAGGUAUCUGUACAGUACCAGCACUAGUAGCUAUCAAGGCAUUUUAGAUGGGAAGUGAGAUAGAAGAUGAAUUCAGCUGAAAUCACUGAUGAUGAUGAAGUAAAAAUUCCUAAAAAAAAUGUUGUGAAAGUAGAAACAGAAGACGAAGCUGAAGCUCUAGACUGCUCAGUAACAUCCAGAUCUGCUGAGAAACACUCACUGGAUGGCGCAGUUACUUGCCUACAGGAUUCCAACAAACGGAAACAGACCUCACUUGGUUGUGAUGGUUCAGGGAGCCAGCAAGAUGUCUUAGCCAGUGUGAAGAAAAGACGCUUUACACAAGAGGGCCCCCUUUCAAACAUGAAGAACAGAGAUACUGGCUCACCCACUCAGGUAAAUACAGAGCAGCCAAACAAGAACAAGAACCCUAACGUAACGUGGCUCUGUGAAGAAGAAUCCUUCAAUGACAUAACCACUCCAUCUUAUAAAAAACCUCUCUAUGGCAUCUCACACAAAAUCACGGAGAAGAAGAACCCGCCAGGAGCAGAGCAGUUUGCUUCUUAUGAGUUGUUUGAAAAAAUCAACCCCAGCAGUCCCUCGCAUCUUCGGACUUUGAACGACCAACGCAAAAGGGACUCGGCUGCAGCCAUUGCCGUAACAGCAGCCGCCGCAGAUUCUGACCCAAACAUAUAUUCUUUGAUACAGAAAAUGUUUUACACGCUUAACACCCUCAAUACCAAUAUGACUCAGCUUCACAGUAAAGUUGACCUGUUGUCUCUGGAGGUUAGCAGAAUUAAAAAGCAAGUCAGUCCAGCAGAGUCCGUUGCAGACUUCAAGCCUCCCCCGGAGUACCAGUUGACUUCUGCGGAGCUCAAACAAAUCAUGGAUCAAAGCACGUCAGGAGGAGACCUAGCUUGCCGAUUGCUAGUGCAGCUCUUCCCGGAGCUCUUCAGCGACGAUGAGUUCAGCAGAAGCUGCAGUGCAUGCGGCUUUCUCAACAAAAGGAAACUUGAAUCUCUCCAUCUGCAGCUUAUCCGUAACUAUGUGGAAGUUUGUUAUCCUUCUGUGAAGAAUACAGCUGUGUGGCAGGUGGAGUGUUUGCCUCAAGUCAAUGAUUUUUUCAAUAGAUUUUGGGCUCAAAGGGAAAUGGAAAACAGUCAGCAGAAUGGUCAAUCGUCCAGUUUUUAUGAGACUGAGCAGGUCGAAUCCUCUCAUUUUAUGGAGGAUAAAGAGCAAGAGGAAGCUUUGUCCUUGGACAGGAGUAAUACUAUUGCCUCAGAUUACAUGUUGGACGCUCAGGAUCUCAAUGAAUUUUUAGAUGAAGCUUCUUCUCCAGGGGAAUUUUCUGUUUUUUUGUUACACAGAUUGUUUCCGGAACUCUUUGACCACAGAAAAUUAGCUGAAAGGUACAGCUGCUUUGGAGACUCUGGAAAACAACUGCUGGAUCCUCAUCGGCUUCAGAUAAUCCGUAGGUACACUGAAAUUUACUUUCCAGAUGUGCAGGAAGAAGAAGCCUGGUUGCAGCAAUGUGUCCAGCGACUGAAUGAUGAGCUUGAAAAUACGUAUAUGGAUGGAAGUGAAUGUGAUCAGAUGAGAGAUGACUGUUACGAUUCUUCUGGUUUGCCAGACGAUGUAUCAAUCAUAAAAGUGGAAGACAGUUUUGAAUAUGAAAAACCUGGCAGACGCUCAAAAAAAAUUUGGCUUGUACCCAUAGACUUUGACAAGCUUGACUUUCCCCCUCCCGAUUUUGAUGUCCCUGUCCCAGAUUACCUGUUGAACAAAGAACAGAUUAAAAGUAUAUAUGAAAGCAGUCUUUCCAUAGGCAACUUUGCCUCUCGAUUGCUUGUUCUCUUAUUUCCUGAACUGUUUACUCAUGAAAACUUACGGAAGCAAUACAACUGUAGUGGAUCCUUAGGAAAGAAACAGCUCGACCCCACUAGAAUUAAAUUAAUUCGACAUUAUGUGCAGAUACUGUACCCCAGAGCAAAGAAUGACAGAGUGUGGACAUUGGAGUUUGUUGGGAAGCUUGACGAGAGGUGUCGACGAAGAGACACGGAGCAAAGGCGCACAUACCAACAGCAACGGAAAAUCCACGUGCCAGGGCCUGACAGGAGGGAAUUUCUCAGCUAUGCAAUAAACCCCGAGAGGUUUCGAGAAGAAUUCGAAGGGCCGCCACUGCCACCGGAAAGAAGCAGCAAGGAUUUUUGCAAGAUACCACUCGAUGAACUCGUUGUUCCUAAUCCAGACUUCCCCGUGCCUUCUCUGUAUUUGCUGUCUGAUAAGGAGUGUCACUGCUGGCGUGACUUGAGGAUGGCUCGUCUGAAUAAAGCCAGCAGAACAGACCCAAGCCUAUACCCAUGGAACGUCUUGCCAUCGUCUGCUUGCCACCCUAUUUGUAAAAUAACAAAGACAACAACAACAACAACAAGACCUGAAAAAAGAACUUAGAAAAAUUUUAGACCUUACUCUCUAUCAAAAUCAUGAUUCCAAAGGUUUCCAGUAUUCAUACUGAAUUGCAUAUAUAAAAAAGUACGUGCAAAGAUUGGUUUUGUGAUGGAAUUCAGUGUUUCAGGGUCCCCACAUAUGAGCUGUGGUAAUGUAACUUGUUCUUUGCGUGAAUGCAGCACUAUCUGGAUAUUUCGGGUGUAGGGAUAUUGAAUUCUCUCACUUUGCCAAAUUGAUUUAGUGUAAUUAGUAGCUAUUUGGAGGCAUAACUGUGUAUGUAUAACUUAGAUUCAUGCGGUCAAGUUUGCAUCAUUAAUGUGUUUAAGUCUAACAAAGACUACCCAGAACCCAAUGUGAAUUUGCUGUAUGACUUGUCACUGGAGAGUGCUGCUUUAGAAUGAGUCUCCCUCUUUUUUUUUUUUUCCUUUUAAUACUGAUAAAAAUGGUGAGAGAGAGUCAGACUUGGAUUUUUAAGACAGUAAAGACAGUUGAUGCUUACUGACUGUCGCUGGAACACCUUGGAGCAGUUGUUGAUGUUCUCUGUGGUCCUUUUUUGUUGUUUACCUAGAUGGGUCAUAGUAUCAAAUUUUAAGUCAGCUCCAGUAUUAUUUUCUAUUUUAGCCUUUGUAAGAAAGUACAAAAUACUUGAUAUUUUUACUUCAGAUUUUUAGAAUUUAUUGUCCUUAGAGUCAUAUUGAUCCCUUUCUUCUAAAAGCAAAACAAAACUUUUUUCACAACGGCAAGAACUAGUAAAAGUAUUAUGUUAAACCCGGAGUAAAUCAUAAUAGAUUGUAGCAUUUGCUCAUUUUCCCCAUACCCUAGCAACAUUCUCAAAGAAUGUAUGAAGAAAGUCAUGAAUGUACUAAAUAAUACACUGAUACUGUAUCCAUUUAAAUGUUUCCUGUUGGUUUAAAUAAUAGCAGACCAUGCACAAAAUGGAUAUCAGAGCAAAUAAGGCUAUAAUAAAAUGAAAACAUUUUACCAAAGAUAAAGAACUGAUACCACAAUGUCUGCAUCUUAUCUUUCAUUUUAGUGCAUACAUUUAACAAAUUGAAUGUAUCAGAAGCAAAGACUUUCUCUUGUAAUUGUAUGCUACCUAGCACCUCUGUGAAAUUUUUUACAUGCACUUUUAUGGGAGAUACAAAAUCACAGAAAUUAUUAACAGCUGCUUAAUUUGUUGUUGCAAAUGACUGGCCAGAAGGUAAGAAAUAUAAUUAUAUUUUCUUAUCUUAAUGUCAUAGACGCUUCACCACUUAGUGAUGUCAGAGCUCCCAGAAGAAUUCAAUAUAUAUUAAACUUUUCCACAAUUGACAGAUGUUACUAGCUAGCAUGCAAAUUUGAGACAUACUGCCUUUUACUGUAGAUGUUGACAUUAAGUAAAAAAAAAAAAAUCAGUCCAUUCAUAUUAUCUACUAAGUAGUGAAAAAACAUUUUCACCUUUUAAAAUAACAUUUUUGAAAGUGGGUAUAAAAGAUUUUCAUUGUUUUUUUCUCUUCUGCCUAAUUGCUGUGUACAUUCCUUUUAUCUCAUUCUUCACAACCCUUUCAUGAAUCAUUUGAUUGUAUGUUUUAUAACUGAUAUCAAGAAAUUACAGACAUAUGAAUAGUGACAUAGUUCACUAAUGAAAGCUCUUGCAGUGCAUCUGAAGUACAGCCACUUCAUCCAGUUGGUCAGUCUUGUAAAUAAAUUAAAGGUAUAUUAUUUUCAUACAAGA